CGACCGGACAGCUCUAGGUGAGACAGAAGCCAAACAGGAGGAGGAAGUGGAGGGUAAGUGCUUCCGGGUCCCCUGGCGAAGCUUCCGCCAUCUUUUCUUCGCCUAACCUGACCCGCUCGUUUUCCUCCUUGACACCUUGCUUUUGCGCAUGCUCACUGUGACUGGCUUGUCCCCUAGUUCAAGCUCCCCUCUGUGUCAGCGUCCUGUUCUUUCGGGUUGUUGAGGUGUAUGACUGUGCGGGGAAACUGAGACUAUGUAAAACAAAGCGGAUCGGGGCGUUGUGCUUCCUUGGGCCUCGUGAGCCUCCGUUGCCUUGGGCGUUGUUUCGCACACCCUGCUGGGAGUUGUAGUCCCGGACCCGGGGGUGCCUGGGAGGCGGGAGGGGGGUUGGAGUUGCUCGGCGCCGAUUCCGCGGGAAGGGCCCGGGGGCCUCACACUUGGAGUCUCGGGAGCGGCAGGUCUUACCCGGAGAGACGCUGCACGUGGAGCCCGCGCCGCCGCCGUUCUCAGCCGGCUGUGGAGCGCGGGCAGGGGCGACCGGGCCGAUUCCGGAGCGGGACUGGUCUUUUGAAAUACUUCAACCAUGACUAAAAGAGAAGCAGAGGAGCUGAUAGAAAUUGAGAUUGAUGGAACAGAGAAACCAGAGUGCACAGAAGAAAGCAUCGUAGAGCAAACCUACACACCAGCUGAAUGUGUAAGCCAGGCCAUAGACAUCAAUGAACCAAUAGGCAAUUUAAAGAAACUACUAGAACCAAGACUGCAGUGUUCUUUGGAUGCUCAUGAAAUUUGCCUGCAAGAUAUCCAGCUGGAUCCGGAACGAAGUUUAUUUGACCAAGGAGUAAAGACAGAUGGAACUGUACAGCUUAGUGUACAGGUAAUUUCUUACCAAGGAAUUGAGCCAAAGCUAAACAUUCUUGAAAUUGUUAAACCUGCGGACACUGUUGAAGUAGUUAUUGAUCCAGAUGCCCACCAUGCUGAAUCAGAAGCACAUCUCGUUGAGGAAGCUCAAGUCAUAACUCUUGAUGGCACAAAGCACAUCACAACCAUUUCAGAUGAAACCUCAGAACAAGUGACAAGAUGGGCUGCCGCACUGGAAGGUUAUAGGAAAGAACAAGAACGCCUUGGGAUACCCUAUGAUCCCAUACAAUGGUCCACAGACCAAGUCCUGCAUUGGGUUGUGUGGGUGAUGAAGGAAUUCAGCAUGACGGAUAUAGACCUCACCACACUCAACAUUUCGGGAAGAGAAUUAUGUAGUCUCAGCCAAGAAGAUUUUUUUCAGCGUGUCCCUCGGGGAGAAAUUCUCUGGAGUCAUCUGGAGCUUCUAAGAAAAUAUGUACUGGCAAGCCAAGAACAACAGAUGAAUGAAAUAGUUACAAUUGAUCAACCUGUGCAAAUCAUUCCAGCAUCAGUGCAGUCUGCUACACCAACUACCAUUAAAGUUAUAAAUAGUAGUGCAAAGGCAGCUAAAGUACAAAGAGCUCCAAGGAUUUCAGGAGAAGAUAGAAGCUCACCUGGGAACAGAACAGGAAACAAUGGCCAAAUCCAACUAUGGCAGUUUUUGCUAGAACUUCUUACUGACAAGGAUGCUCGAGACUGUAUUUCUUGGGUUGGUGAUGAAGGCGAAUUUAAGCUAAAUCAACCUGAACUGGUUGCACAAAAAUGGGGACAACGUAAAAAUAAGCCUACAAUGAACUAUGAGAAACUUAGUCGUGCAUUAAGGUAUUAUUAUGAUGGGGACAUGAUUUGUAAAGUUCAAGGCAAGAGAUUUGUGUACAAGUUUGUCUGUGACUUGAAGACUCUUAUUGGAUAUAGUGCAGCAGAGUUGAACCGUUUGGUCACAGAAUGUGAACAGAAGAAACUUGCAAAGAUGCAACUCCAUGGAAUUGCCCAGCCAGUCACUGCAGUAGCCCUGGCCACUGCUUCUCUGCAGACGGAAAAGGAUAAUUGAGCCCCGGGACCUUUGGGACUCCAAAGUCUUUCUUCUAUAUUUAGAGCAAGUAUGGCUCUUACCUUUAUUACCGAAUUUGAAUCUUCUUUUAUUUCUAGACUGUACAAUCUGAUGCAUGAUUUUUUUAUGAAUAUUUCAUACUCUUGUGAAUUUGGAUCUUUUUACUUUGAGCAUAUAUUUUAGAAUAUGUAUACGUUAAGGAGCACCACAGUGUCUGCAACUAAUUAAGGCAGGUUCAUUGUGGGAUAGUUUGCUAACAGUCAGGAAAACUAAACUGGUCAGUAUUAAUGUCUAGCCCUACCAAAAAUAGCCAGUAGUAUCUGAAAAUGAAAAAUAAAUGAAGUAUCUCCAGGAAGCAGUCUGACUUAACUAUUUUUGAAAAUAUAACUGUUUCCCCUCUCUGCUGCUUUAGAUGUUGCUUUACAUAGAACCAGAAAAUGGAAUUUCUCGGCUAAAGCAUGUGUGCCUGUUUCAUCUAAUCAAGCAGAGCUAAAAUGUUCAUAUCGAAUAAAAUUAUAAUAAUACUAAUAAAUUACUAGACUAAGUAUCAGGUUAUUAAAGUAAUUUAUAUAUUUGCAAGCAGAGGAUGAUAAGAAGUUGACUGGCAAAAGAGCAGUGCUGAAGAAGGAGAUCCAGGUUUAAAUCUGGCUUAGCUCAAGUCAAUUUUAAGGAUUUUCUGUAUAGAUUAUUCAUAUCAGACCAGAACUAAAAUUAUUUUGAGAGAGGCAUUUAAUUCUGAUAAACCAGCUAUUAUGAAAAAUUCUAAAAUGAUCUCUGUUUUUCCUGUCAGAGAUUUUAAAAACUGAAACGGUAUACCUCAGCCAGAAAAUAAAAGUUGGGUUUAGUUUGGUAUGGCUUCCUUUUUUUUUUUUUUUUUUUUAAAGUACCAAUAGUGCUGGUUAAUUAUGCAAAGCAGCUUAUGUAUUCCUGUGUUUCUGGUGAAAUGAAGACUUUAAAUCAGUCAGCAGUACUUUACCUUUCAAGACAUUAGUAAAUUACUUGGAAAUAGUUUUAAGAGGAAAACGUUACCUCCAUUAUAAGCAGUGUUCUCUUUAAAACAAUACUUUCCAUUUAUUUAAAUUUUUUCUUAUGAAUAUUUUAUGUGUAUGUAUACAAAUAUCUAUAUACAUGUUCAAUUGACCAUUUUAUAUAUACAUACACAUGUAUAUAGAGACAUAAAGAUACUCAGAAGAAAAAUUAUUAAAUAACUUAUUCUAAAAAUUCAAAGUUAACUAAUUCUUACAUAUAUGAAAUUUCUUACAUAAGCUAACAUUAAACAGAAAUGGCUAGAAAUGUCUUUUUCUUUCUUUCUUUGUGUUAUUUUAUAGUUUUAAGCAUGAAUCAUGAUAUGAGACACUAGCAAUUAGCUUUAAUCCUCUUAUAUAUUUGAGAAGGAUGAUUUUCAAAUAUUUAUGCACCUUCUCCAUUAUUUCCUUUAAGGCCGUCACCCAAAACAGCUUUUUAAGAGUUCGGUUAAUGCUUUUGACUUAACUAGGAAAAAAAGGCCAUGGUGAUACAGACAAGGUGGCAUUGUAAGCAAUUCCUGCUACCAGUCCUAAAUAGUGGUUUGGCGUAAAUCAUAGGAAGCAGGCAUCUUAGGGUCAAGAAAGAGAGGAGAGAGGGGAGGAAUCUUUGAUCCCCUUUUUUUGGUAACCUUAAAUCAUAAUUUUAAGUACUGUACUAUAGGACUACAAUGGUACUCUCAGUUCAUUUAUAUUAUUUAGUCCUUUAAGAUUCUGCAGUAGAUAUCUAAAAAGAGUAAAAUUUGUACUUCUAUUUUUACUUUUUUACAAACAUAGAAAAUAUUACAAAUUAUUAGUAAAAUUUGGGCGUUGUGAUUGCAAGAAUAUCUGAAUAUAUAGAGCUCUGCCUUCAGAUAAAAAAUAGCGUAAAAGGUUUUUGCACUAUCCUCCUAUGGUCUAGCAAGUUGAAAAGUCACUUAUAACAUUAAAAAAAAAAUAAAGUAGGUAUAUCUUCUGGUAUAUCAUCAAGAGCUUAAGAAUCUUGGUUUUCAGAUUUAAAAUGCUUUUGGGAAGACAUAUAUUAAAAUUCUAGUCAAGAUGAUAGACUUUCUUUAUAUUUCAAUUAUAUGUGUGUGUGUGUGUGUGUUUUUUAAGACUAGGACCACACUCUUUUAGAUCCCUAAAAUCAAACUUAUUUUUAUCCUUUCAGCAUUGCCCAGAUUCUUUUUUUUUUUUUUUUUUAAACACAUUUAUUUUCUUUGGCAAUAUUCCUCAUCAUAAUUUGAACAGAGACGGUUCUCAUACAUAAUCAGGUGCUUUUUCUUUUUUAUUUUUCACCUUUCUCUUAUCAUUUUAGGCACCACAACAUAGGUAAUGUGACUAAUUUCUCCAGUUGAUUCUAGAAAAAUUCAUUACUUUGUUUCAACUUACAUAUAAAAUAUUUGUAUUGCCCUUAUUGGGGUCACAGUUAUCGGAAAGUCAGUUUGUUUUUUCUUCUAUUAAAAAAAUAACUUGUGUUGGUAAAAGAAAAUAUAAUUUAUGCUUUCAUUAUUUGCUUUGUUUUUAUUAAUGAUUUUUUCAUAGGAGACUUUAAAAUACACUCAAAGGAAGAAAGAUAAAAUUAUUGGUCAUUGUACCUUAUAAGUACAAGAAUAAUGAAAUGUUCACUUUUGUUUUAAAACUUGUUUUUCAUGUGAAGUUUUUGUUGAGCCAACUUUCACACAUAACUUGCUAGCCUGAAGUCUGAAAAUGUGUGUUAGUAUCAGAAAAUCAAACAAAUUAGGCAGAAUUGCUAUAUGUGGUUGAUCUUCACGUGAAUCAACUGAUCACAUUCAUUUAUGUAUUAAUCUAUACCAAUUAUUUAGGAAAAAUGGUUUCAUUUUCUUUCCUAAUAGCGAUACUCAAGUAUGAUAUUCCUUGAAAGGGCUGUACCACCAGCUAUUUUUGUGAGAUCUGAUGUUUUCCAUAUUCAUCAUUUUAUGCUACUGCCUUUUAAAAAUGACUAGUGUAUCUUUGAAAUAGCACAAAAAAGGUUUUAAAAUUCAUAAUUGCAAAACAAACCUGUUACUAACUUGAUGUCUUCAGAUGUAAAGGAUGUAAAAAUAUUGAUACUUCAAUAUUUUCAAUAUUUCGCUUGCUGCCAGGAAAAAAAAACACUCUCAAUCUUUUGUAAAAGGGAGGAAGAAUUUUGCAUACAUUUUUACUCUUUAAAUAAAGACACUUAUACUGUCAUAAUAACAAUUAUGUAUUUCUUUGUGGUUUUUAUUUUUUUGUAAUUUUACAUAAAACAGUUAUUUUCUAUUUUUACUCAGAUAAAAAUAUUUGUGCAUAAAAUGUAAAAACAGUAAAAUGAGAAAAAUAAAACUAUUAUGCA